AUGAAAGACUUGAAUUAUUUGAUAUCAAUCCCUUUAAAUGAUAAUAAAAUUAAUUUAAUAUCUGAAUUAAAAGCCGCUAUCUUAAAGUCUUAUUUAAUAAAAGAUCCCUCGCAAGCAAUCCAUCAGAUUGAUUUACCGGAAUUUAAAUAUGGCACUCUAGCUAAUUGCAUAUCUUUAUCCGAACAGCUCCAGAAGUUUGAUGAUCAAAUUACAUCAACUACACAAAAGUACUUAGAGUCAUCAACUAAUACAUUAACUAUAAACGAACAAUCAGCGAAAGCUUACUUGAACAACUUCGUUUGGAAUAACUACAAAUAUAAACGACUCAAUCUCGAUGAAAUUAUCCAAUCUAUCCUGAAGAAUAUCAAUAAGGUUGACCAAGACUUUAAAGUUGCACAGCAGAAUUACCAAAUAGCUAAAGGUACCCUCAAUCAGUUACAACGCAAGCAAAUGGGUAACUUAUCUACGAAGUCUCUCGCCCAGAUCGUGUCAGAAGAGAAUGUUACGAAUUCUGAUUUCUUAGAGACGAUCUUCGUAGCUAUACCAAUUAACAACAUCAAAGAAUGGUUUAACAACUAUGAAAGACUAUCAAAGAUGGUAGUACCAAGAUCCUCUUUCGAGAUCACUAAAGAUAGCGAAUUUGUCUUGGUAAACGUUUCUGUUUUCCGUAAAUACAAACACGACUUCAUACAAGCAUGUCGUGAAAACAAAUACAUCGUUAGAGAAUUCCAAUUCGAUUCCUCUUUAGCUCAAAAGUCUUCUCAAGAACUUCAACAAGCUACUGAAAUCGAAAAACAAGAGUUCAAAAACUUCUCACACACUCUAUCAAAUUCCUUCUCAGAGGCUUAUCAGGCACUCGCACAUAUCAAAUUCCUCAGACUCUUCGUUGAAUCUGUUCUAAGGUAUGGUUUACCAACUGAUUACCUCUACAUCGUUAUAAAUCUCGAUGAUGAGAAAUCAAGUACAAAGCUUUUACCUGCACUUAUACAGCACUACGCUCAUCUAUCACCUUCUUUAGCUAACAAGGCAAAUGAUAAGUCUAAUGAUAUAAGUAUUGGUGGUGAAUUCGCUGGUUUACUCGAUCAAGAUGUUUAUCCUUUCCCGUUAUUCACUUUGGAAAGUCCUAGAGAUUAAUUUACAUUAUGAUACCAUUUGUCUUCAAUUU